UCGCCUUGUUUUUUUUUGAUAGGGUUUAAUUUCUCCCAAACUGCAGCUCUGUGCCAUCGUGAUGGCCUUGACCAUCCUCUGCUUCCGAUCAAUGCAAUUUUCCAUUUUUUUUUUUGUCAUUUAUUUUUCCUGCAAAUCUGUAGAGGAAAGCUGCACGAGUUCAAGGCGUUUUAGUAAUUUCAUAUAAAAUGACAGUGUAAAUAAGACAUUUGGGCCGAGCAAAAAGAACGAUCCAAAAGGUGAACGAACUUUCACACUCACAGCAAACCUGAAAGCCAAAUUUGACGACAUUCAACGUCUCUCUCUCUCUGUGUUUCUCUCUCCAGGCUCAAAAAGCAUGAAGCUUUCUUUCUCUUUGCCUUCGAAAUCGUCUUCGAAGCCGAAUCCGAUCAAACCCUCGCCGAAUUUCAACGACGACAAGGACAGCAAAUCCAACGGCGUCGUCGAUUCCAGAGAGUACGUUACAGAAUUCGACGGCUCCAAAACCCUAACCACCGACACUGAUAAGAAACCCAAGAACGUAUCAAUCGCUCCCAUUCAGAACGAAUGGAGACCUCACAAGAAGAUGAAGAACCUCGAGCUUCCUAUUGCUCAUCCAGACCACGACGACUCCUCCGCUGGUCUUCAAUUCGAGCUCGAAUCCGCUGCUUCUGCGGCACCUGACGCCGUCGAUUCCAAGAUCUCUUACGGUCUCAAUCUGAGGCAGAAAAUUGAGGGCUCGGAUAAAAUUGAAAAUUCUACAUCCAACGGUGGUGAGGAGCGGAAAUAUGUUGCCGUUGAGGAUGUGUUGCUGCAGAAAUUGAAGGAGGACCUAAAGAGGUUGCCGGAGGACCGAGGCAUGGAGGAGUUCGAAGACAUGCCGGUGGAGGGAUUCGGUGCGGCUUUGCUCGCUGGGUAUGGGUGGAAGGAAGGUAUGGGCAUUGGGAAGAACGCCAAGGAAGAUGUCAAGAUCGUCGAGUACACCAAGAAGGCUGGUAAGCAUGGUAUAGGGUUUACUGCUGUAGAUGUUCCCGCUAAGCUUAAUACUGAAUUGAAUUCGAAGAGGGUGGAAGAAGAGAGAGUGAAGGAUGCACAGAGAGUGAGUGAGGGAGAUAGAAAUAGAAAUAGAGAUAAAGAUAUAGAUAGGGAAAGAGACAGUGGGUUGUCGGGUAAGGAAGUUAGAAUUGUUGGUGGAAGAAAUGCCGGUUUGAAAGGAAAAAUCAUCGAGAAAUUGGAUCAUGACAAGUUUGUUUUGAAGCUUUCGAGGAGUGAACAGUCUGUGAAAGUGAGUGCAAACGAUAUUGCUGAACUGGGUUCCAAGGAAGAAGAAAGGUACUUGAAGAAAUUGAAGGAGUUGAAGAUUCAAGAGGAGGUUGGAAGGAAAGAAAGCAAGAGAACAAGAGAAGAAGGGAGGAGAGAAAGCAGAGACAGUCAAAAGGAGAACCAGAGGAAUAUGAAACAAGCCUCUUGGCUUACAAGUCAUAUCAGGGUUAGGAUCAUUAGCAAAGAUUUGAAAGGAGGAAGGUUGUAUUUGAAGAAAGGAGAGGUGGUAGAUGUGGUAGGGCCAAAGAUGUGCGAUAUAUCUAUGGAUGAGAGCAGGGAGCUUGUUCAAGGGGUAUCCCAAGACCUUCUUGAGACUGCACUUCCACGACGUGGAGGGCCAGUUCUUGUGUUGUCCGGGAAGCAUAAGGGUGUCUAUGGGAAUCUUGUGGAGAGGGAUUUAGACCGGGAAAUUGGUGUUGUGCGUGAUGCUGAUACUCAUUCCUUGCUUAAUGUCCAGUUUGAGCAAAUUGCUGAGUACAUUGGUGAUCCAAGCCUUCUUGGAUAUUGAUUCUUUUGAAGCCACUGAAAUGUAGGAUGAUCCUCGAUGUACCCUUUGAAUUGUAGGUUAUGAUAUAAUCAUUGAUGACGUGCUAAAGUACUUCUCAAGAAAUCUAAGUGGUUUGUGUUGGAUCACCGCCCGAGUAAAUCAAUGGAAAGUUCGCAAAUAACUGCACGCCCGGGAACUCACACGUUUAAAGGGAGGGCGAUUGAGAAAAUACUAAAAAUGCAGACUGGGUUUCUGGUUAUCUAUUCUAUGCCUACCCAAAGGUGUGAUUGCUCUUCUGGCGUGGCACAACUGAAAUUUAGUUUCUUUAGGCCUUUAGCCCCACUUUCUGAUAAAAACAUACAAACAAACGUUUUAAAUUUUAUUGUUAUUAUUAUUAUCUUUUUUAAAGAAUGCUUGUGCUUUGUCCAUUUAGAAGGGAUGGAAUAGCUGAAUAUCAGACUAACCUGUUAUUCCCAGCAAAAAGCUAGAAAAAAAAAAAAAAAAAAAGGGAUGUUGUAGAAAUAAUAAUUUUUAAUUCCUUGAUUUAGCAAAGCCAUGAUAACGCUCUUAAUGGUUCUG